GGAUGCUCGGUGCUGGGUGCCCAGGCAGGAUGCUCGGUGCGGGGUGCCCAGUGCAGGAUGCUCGGUGCUGGAUGCCCAGGACAGGAUGCUCGGUGCUGGGUGCUCAGUGCAGGAUGCUCGGUGCUGGGUGCUCAGUGCAGGAUGCUCAGUGCUGGAUGCCCAGGACAGGAUGCUCGGUGCUGGAUGCCCAGGACAGGAUGCUCGGUGCUGGGUGCCCAGGACAGGAUGCUCGGUGCUGGGUGCCCAGGACAGGAUGCUUGGUGCGGGGUACUCAGUGCAGGAUGCUCAGUGCUCAGUUCAGACCGUAGUGCUGGGUGCAGGGUGCUCAGCACAGUGCAGGGUUGCUGAGGUGCCCACAGGGUGCUCAGUGCACAGAACACAGUGCAGGAUGCACAGCAGGUGGGACAGGGUGCUCAGUGCAGGGUUUUCCUCGUACCUUUGUCCUCCCAUUCUGCUCUUUGGCACACGGUGCCCUCUCCCCCCUCCCGUGGCACCCCUCUGGCAGCCCAGCACCAAGCUGUGCCCCCAUAACCUGAGCACUGCCAUACACAGAGGCACCCAUGGGUUGGGGCUGUCCAUCUGUCCAGGUGUCCAGAGCUCGGCCAGGGUUGGGACUGCCCAUCUAUACCAGGAUGAGCGUGGUGGCCUGGGCAGGGUGGGUGCCCAGUGGGAGGCUGCACCUGCGGGUCUUGGGGAGCAUCAGCCUCUGCUGAGGCUUGAGAGGUGUUGGCAGCACCGAGGUCGGGGUGGCUGUGGGAUGCGAGUCCCUUGGCAGGGGUGCAGAUGGGCUUCUGAGCAGCUGCGUUGGCACCUUGGAGCCCACACAAAGCACUGGCGCUCUCCUGGCAGUGCCCAUCUGUUACUGUGCCCUGUGUGGCAGGGAUGUGACAUCCACGCUUUGUCCAGCUCAAGCUCCUUGGGACUCAUGGCUGGAGUUGCUGGCACUGGGGCCAGCAGCAUGAGCUGGGCUGCCCUCCUGGGCAGGCAGGGGAUGGUUUGCAUCACAGAGGCCUUUGCUCUGUCCCUCUCCGUGUUUGUUUGUGUGCUCAGGCUCUGUCCAAAAGUCAUCUCACAGCUUGAAACCCCUUCAGACGCCUCCCCGUGCCAGGCCCUGCUGGCUGCUUGGACUCGGUUUCAGGAGGAGAGUCCUCCCUCAGCACAGCCGUGCUGCUCCCUCCUGCUCAGGCACCGAGCAACGGUGUUCUGGUGGCCACGGGUUCAGCAUGAAGCUCAACUAGAAGCACCAUGACCAUAUGGGGAAAAGAGGCUGCAGCCUUCCUGCUGGAUGUCCUGCCGAGCCGUGGAAAACCCCGAAAAGUCUCGGUGCCAGAUGAAGUUUCACGGAUUUCUCUGUCAGAUGCCCGUGGGGUUGGACACUCGCUAGCAGAGAGCUGAAGCCCCCAGCCUGUGCCCAGGAGAGCAGGAUGCGGGUCACCACGCGCAGGGUGCUGCUGCUGCUGGGCUCGGUGGCGGCCCUGAUGGUGACCCUGCACCUCGGGCAGCAAGUCCUGGAGUGCCAGCAGGUCCUGAGCGAGAGGAGGCACAGGCUGAUGAGGCCGGAGAACGAGGAGCUGGUGAUGGUGGACGCCAACCACGUGGAGUACCGCUACAGCAAGGACAUGCCCCUGAUCUUCAUCGGUGGCGUCCCCCGCAGCGGCACCACGCUGAUGAGGGCCAUGCUGGACGCCCACCCCGAGGUGCGCUGCGGGGAGGAGACCCGCAUCAUCCCCCGCGUGCUGGCCAUGCGCCAGGCCUGGUCCAAGUCCGGCCGCGAGAAGAUGCGGCUGGACGAGGCGGGGGUGACGGACCAGGUGCUGGACGCGGCCAUGCAGGCCUUCAUCCUGGAAGUGAUCGCCAAGCACGGCGAGCCCGCCAGGUACCUGUGCAACAAGGACCCCUUCACGCUGAAAUCCUCCGUGUACCUGUCCCGGCUGUUCCCCAACUCCAAGUUCCUGCUGAUGGUGCGGGACGGGCGCGCCUCGGUGCACUCCAUGAUCACGCGCAAGGUGACCAUCGCCGGCUUCGACCUCAACAGCUACCGGGACUGCCUGACCAAGUGGAACAAGGCCAUCGAGGUGAUGUACUCCCAGUGCCUGGAGAUCGGCCGCGCCCGCUGCCUGCCCGUCUACUACGAGCAGCUGGUGCUGCACCCCGAGCAGUCCAUGCAGAACAUCAUGAGGUUCCUGGACAUCUCCUGGAGCGACUCGGUGCUGCACCACGAGGAGCUCAUCGGGAAGCCCGGUGGGGUGUCCCUUUCCAAGAUAGAGAGGUCAACAGACCAGGUGAUCAAGCCGGUGAACAUGGAGGCGUUAUCCAAAUGGAUCGGGCACAUCCCGGGGGAUGUGCUGCAGGACAUGGCCCACAUCGCGCCCAUGCUGGCCAGGCUGGGCUACGACCCCUACGCCAACCCCCCCAACUACGGCCACCCCGACCCCCUGGUUGUCAACAACACGCACAGGGUUUUAAAGGGGGAUUAUAAAACACCGGCCAAUCUCAAAGGUCACCUGCAGGUGACUCAGAACACAUCAUCUUCUCACUAAGAAAAUUAAUGAUUUCCAGAACGCUGCCAAUGGCCUGUUGUUUGCCCGAGAAGGACGAAGUGUGCAGUGGGCCCGUGGAAAUCUGUUCUCCAAGCAUAUUGCUUGCUCCUACUGUUGCCAAAUGACUGCGCUCCAGGAAUGUAUUUGCAUUUAUUUGCAAAGGCCAAACGUGCUCCACGGCGGGAACGUCCCCGGCCGGUCCCAGCGCUCUGUGGGGAAUGCAGCUGUGGAAACCCGGGCUGGUGGGGGGACGGCAUGGCAGGACAUUACAUGUGCCGUGGCUGGAGGACUCUGUACAUCGCGUUUGUGUCUCGUGAUCUGUUCCCCGUUCCCGGUGUGGGGAACAGCCCUCCCAUCCCCGCUGUUCCGUAUUCCUGGGAUCGGGAAGAGCCGCCCCGGUCCUGCUGUUCCCCACUCCCAGGGUCAGGAACUGCCCCCUGGCCCUGCAGAGCCUUUGUGGUGCGUGUGCCCUCCGCCCUAACCCAUCCCCGACCCUGCAGAGGCUAUUGCAGAGUUAAUAUAUGCCCCCCUCCCCCCUCCCCCCAUCAACGGUGUUGGACACCAUUAAAGUGUUGAUUUGAUAUUUAA